GCGCCAUGAACCGACGGGCGCUUCGGACCAUCCGUCUUCUUCUUCCUCGAUGAGAGAGUUUCAGGGAUCAACGCAGUCCUCGAGCGUCUUCCGGGAAGCACAGGUGCUUGUUCCGAGUUCAGGAUCCGGACAGACCACAGCAGUUAACAUCUCAGGCUUGGCUCGAGGUGCGCAGUCCGUCCGACUGAAAAGCUGGGACGAACCUCUUCGAUAUGCGUCGGUGGAUGAAUCUAAGGUCCGUAAGAACAUCCAACAACUUUUGGAGGUUUGCGCUGCCAGCAACAUCCCACCUCCUCCGGAGUUCGAAGCUCGGUAUUUUGCCAGCAUCCUUUCAGGUGCGGACAUUUGGAUCGGACAGGUCUUCCCCCGAGCUAGAGUGUUGGAGAGCCCUAUGUUCGUACACUGGACCUUCUACUUGGCUGAACCGUGGUCACGCCUAAACCCUGAUCUGACGGAUUCUCGAAGAGGUGUGAUUCAGUUCGCUCAUGCCACCGACACAGGCGGGAUCGCAGGUAUAGUUCGACAUCGGUUUGUAGCUCCUGCAGUCUAUGCGGACGGUGACGAUGCAGUUGGACACUACAGGCAGGGUACACUGUGGAAUGAUUCGGGAUCCAUCACUUCCUUGCAUGACCGUGCAGCCUUGUCAGGCAAGUGGAAGCAGCCUCUGAUCGUUCUGGGAGAGUGUCUCAUUGCCGAUAGUCACUUCGCGAUGAAGUCAGGUGGUGGAUUGGAUGCUCAGAAUCGAUGCCAGGUUGCCGGAGCGGUGCACAUGAGGAAGGACAAGAAAUGGGUCUUUCACAGUAGUUUGUCCAGGAUCACCGGACUCACAGUUACUGUGAUGAAACAAUACACCAGUCGUCGUGACGUCUCGGACCAGGUUGUAGUUUCGGCUCAUCCUGACACCUUCCUCUCAUCCCGGACAUGUCCUACCAUCGGCGAGAUUCCCGAUCAACGCAACGACGUCAUGGUCGAUCCCUUCGCAGGGAUCAUCACUCCCGCAAUUGGGAGGUCUCGACAGGAGCCAGUGUUCGCCGGCGUCUUACUUCGCCUGAUCAGAGGUGAUUUGGUCUCUCCGGAUGGGCAGGAUUUCGUCACGAUCAUGAACGCGGAACAUAAGAAACGUCAUCCUCAGAAGGAGUUGCGUGACUGGGAAGCUAGGUACGACACUUUGAAGCAUGUUGCGGAGGAGUUGGCGGUUGAGUUCAGAAAACGUGCUCCAGUCAGGGCUAAUGCCGCCUUGUUCAAUCGACUUCAGGAAUUGGAGAUUGAGAAUGCAGCGCUCAGACGACCAUCCUCUACAUCCACACCACCAGGCAGGCGGGUCACCCCGAAAUCGAGUGCUUGCGCACCCACCUCCUCGGACAAGUCGGGGAAAGGCUCGACGAAACGCAGGCUUCCCUUCCAUGAACCUACAGAGGAGCCCGAACAUGAUCCUCUUCACGGACUAAUGGAGGCGGAGAAUCCAGAUGAUGUUCCUACGGAACCGAUGACGCCACCCUUGGAGGAUCAGACCUUCGGGGAUGAGGACGCCGAAGACCCCAACAUCACAUAUGCCAGGUUCAUGUGUUCAGCCGACAGCCAAAGGUUUCUUGAGAAUUGUUCGAUCACCAAGUUCAACAUCACUAGUGUGAAUCAGUGGUUGGCAGGCGCCAGGCUGGGGAAGUCCAAGAAGAAGGCGCUUGAUCUUGCCGUGUCAAAGUUCACGGCAGCCGCAGGAAAGUUGGAUGCCGGAUCGAAACGUCCUGUUGAUUCCAUCGCGGUCGAAUGGGGUCUGAGUGUCACUUUGGCUUCCAAAGUUGAAUGA